AUGGCAACACAACAGACGGCAAAGACGCUAUAUCUUCAAGCGCAGGGAGUUGGCUAUGCGUAUCGUCUCAUUGGCAAUGCCAGCGACUCAUCUCCUCCUUUGCUCAUGCUCAAUCACGUUCGCGCCACCAUCGAUACGUGGGACCCAGAAGUCAUCAACAAUCUCACUGCUACUGGCCGACAAGUCAUCACCUAUGAUUACGCUGGCAUAGGCCACAGCGGCGGCCCUGUUGCACCCAGCAUCAAGGUCUUUGCACUCAACCUGCUCGCCUUUCUCACCGCUCUUCUCCCGACCUUGGGUGCUCAUCAAGUUGACGUUUUGGGGUUUUCGAUGGGCGGUUACGUCGCCCAACAACUUACUCUCGACGCUCCGAAUAUCGUGCGGAAGCUCGUGCUCGCCGGCACGGGUCCUAGCCUUGGUCCCGGGCUCCAACGCCCGAUGAACGAGGUUCAGUCCACCGUCUUCAACCCAGAGCCCGGCCCUCCUACGAUUGAAGCGUUUUUCCCCUCCUUCACUACCGGCAGCCAGGGUGCAGCGUGGUUUAACCGCAGCACCGGGUCGCGAAGUGCCAUUGCAGGAAAGGACGGGGAGCCUGAAAUUGCCCCAUUCACGACUGGCGAAGGUCUUGUGAACCUGACCCAGGCGUACCUUACGUGGGAUGCUGAUCCUGUGCCUUAUUCACUUCUUCAAACUAUUCAAAAGGAAGUCUUGGUCACCAGCGGCAGCAAUGACCUGAUUGUUCCCACGCAAAACUCGUUUGUCCUGGCAAGACAGUUGCCGAAUGCAAAUCAUGUCAUGUUUCCGAGCAGUGGCCACGGGCACCUAUUCCAGUAUGCUGGCUACUUUAGCAAGCUAGUGACUGAGUUUUUGAGUGGCGAGUUGCCAACUGCUUCGUUUUCAGCCGGCAAAGCACCUGCGCUUGGCUCAUAUGGGUCAAUUAACUGA